ACCAUCAGCCAUAUCCCAGGAGUUCCUCUGCCUGAGUUCAUAAAUACCAGUACCCCACAGGCUUAAACCUUUGACCCAGCCAUUGCAGAAGCUAAGGCUGGUUUAAGACUCCUGCCAGUGGAUUGAUGCCAAGUGCCAGACAAGUCCACUCCAACCCAGGCAACCACGUCCAAGGAGUCAAACAUCCCAUCAACCAGCACAUUCAUCACAAACCAGUCAUGUCAUACAACUCUGAAAAUUACCCAGAGCUCUCUGAAAUCCUUCUUCUUUCCCUCCUUUGAAGAUGCAGAGACUCGGGUUACCUAUGGCCCUUGUUUUUCUACAGGUAUUCACUCCAAAAUCCUCAGCAUUCGUUGGGACGGGUGGUGGUGGAGUCUGGUUCAAUGGUAGAGGCGGUAGCACCACCGAAACACGAUCAUCCUACCCUCAAGAUCCCAAUGGCAACAGAGAGUACACAGCUCUUCAAGCUUGGAGAUCAGCCAUGACGGAGGACCCAUAUGGGAUCCUUGCAACUUGGCUUGGCCCUGAUGUCUGCUUUUAUAGAGGUGUAUUUUGCUCAUACGCGCCUGAAGUCCCCAUCUUUGCAUCCUUCAGAGUGGUCUCAGGAAUAGAUCUCAACCAUGCCAACCUCGAAGGUUCCUUGGUGAAGGAGCUCGCCCUGCUCGACCACCUCUCCUUUCUCCACCUCAACAGCAACAGGUUCUCAGGCACAGUCCCGGACUCCUUCAGAGAGCUCCACUACCUCUCGGAGCUGGAUCUCAGCAACAACCGGUUCUCAGGCCCCUUCCCCACUUCCACGCUCCUCAUCCCAAACCUCAUCUACCUGGACCUCAGGUUCAACAGCUUCUCCGGCGAAGUCCCGGAUGAGCUCUUCGUGAAGGACUUGGAUGCCAUUUUCCUCAACAACAACCAGUUCGGAGGUCAGAUCCCGAUGACCCUUUGGGCCUCCCCGGCCUCCGUCAUCACCCUCGCUAACAAUCAGUUUUCUGGGUCCAUUCCAUUCAACUUCGGAUACAUGAGCUCCAGGAUCAGAGAGGUUCUCUUCCUCAACAACAAGCUGACAGGCUGCAUUCCAGAGGGGGUCGGAUAUCUAACCGACGUAGAAGUGCUGGACUUGAGCUUCAAUUCCCUCGCAGGCCAUCUUCCUAGCUCGCUGUCAUGCCUUUCUGAGGUUGAGGUCCUCAACAUCGCUCACAACCAGCUCUCGGGGGAGUUACCGGAGCUGGUCUGUGAUCUGAGGAGCCUGGCAAACCUCACUGUUGCAUACAACUUCUUUUCCGGGUUCAGCCUGGACUGCGCGAGACUCUUCUUCAGGAACGUGUGGUUUGAUUUCUCCGGGAACUGCAUUCCUGGGAGCGACAUGCAGCGGCCUCCACCGGAGUGCAUGGGGAUUCCGGGAGGCGGGCUUAGCUGCCUCAGGAUACCCUCAUCGAGGCCUUUGGCUUGCUUAGGGAGCAUGGGGCAGAGGGACGGGAUGAACAGGGUCCCCUACACAUUUCCUUCACUUCCAUAAGCUCUGUGGAUCGUGACAGGACAUGACUGCACGCCAUAGCUGAUCAUUCAUUGAAGGGAACAAGUUAUUUGUAUGCUAGUGAUUCAUGCUCUCUUAAAAUAUUUUGAGGGAAGAAGCACAGUAGUACUUUACUUGCUGCCUUUCGGUGGCUUUAGAUCAAGUGUUUCGGUAUUAGGAGGUUGGCACAGUAAGUACCAGCAUGGUUUAGACUAAUUCUAAUAAGAUUAACCAUCCUUUACUGAUGCUAUCA